AUGCCUGCUCGCAUUAGACUUCAACGAAAAGGCACGAGAAAUAAUCCCUACUGAAUGCUAAUUGCUUCUUCAAACAGAAGGAAUCCUAAAGGUUUUGCUAUUGAGCGCUUAGGCUAUUGGUUUCCUGAAAGACGCAGAGAGCUAGAAAGAAGAAUUCUCAUUAAUCGUCCCAGAAUCAAAUAUUGGCUUAGUAUAGGAGCUCAGCCUACCAAAGGUGUCAUCGCCUUUUUGGCAAAGGCAGAAUUUAUCCCUCCAAGACCUCCACCAAUGGGCAUUUCCACCCUUUACCCAAAGCCAGAGAAAACUUAUACCUCACCGCAAAUGCAUCCUCGUGCUCAUGAAUUUGGACCCAGAUACAUACAAUAUAUAGACGAAAUCGAAGAAAGAGAACGAAAAAUCGAUGAAGCAAAAAAAAUGCAACAAGACAACGCCAGAGCUGUUUUUGGAAACUCUGAAGCAGCAGAAGAAGCUAAAAAAGAUCUCACACAGGCCAUUAACAAGUUCUCUAAUUAUUUAGAAGCAAUCCAAAGAGCGUAUCCAAGCGGCACCACAGACCAAAAAGCUGCUUUAAUGAAUUUUGUUACAGGAUUAGAAGAAGGUGACGACGAAAACGCCAGGGUCGAUGCAAAAGACCUUGCUGAACAAAUUGGGGUCACUGUAGAUGUUGCUGAAAAAAUUAUUGCGACUUAUGAAAGUAUUGCAGUGCCGUUUACAAAAGCUGAUGUACAAGACAUUAAAAACUUGCCUAAAAGAGUAAGAAGCAAAAAAGAGCUGAUUGCUGCAAAAGGGUUUAUACCAUUGAAAAAAACUGUCACACCUGUGCCGGAGUUUGGCAACCCUGAAUAUGACGAAAUGCCAUUCCAGCUAUUUAAUAUCAGAAAUGAGCUGAAGCCUGCAAGAGAGUGGGGAGCAAGAAUUCUACCUAGACAGCCUAAAGAGUUGAAAUUCCAUCGCAAAACUCCUAAACCAGAGCCAUUUAGGGCUUACCACACCAUUCUCAAUCCAUUCUUUUUAAAUGCGCUUAAAUAA